AUGGCUACUGAUACGCAAACACCCAUUGUACAAAUUCGAUGCAUACCAGAUAAUUCAUAUGCUCUUGUUGGUGUUCUCAACACAAAAAAGGUACGUUUUGACAUCGAAACGAAAAGUAAGGACGAAUCAGAUCAACGAACACCGCUCAAUCUCGCACUCAUUCUCGAUCGAAGUGGAUCGAUGGAAUCGGAUGACAAGUUAACUUUCGCAAAGAAAGCUGUUAUUUCAGUGCUGAAUCUUUUACACGACGAUGACAUUGUUCAUCUUGUUGCGUAUGACAGCGAUGUGUCGAUCGUCUUCGAAAAUGCUCGUGCAUCUACUCGCGAAUAUCUAUAUGCGCUUGUCAACAAUAUUCAAACUGCCGGAUCGACAAAUAUGUCAGGUGGACUCGAAGUUGGCGCUGGCCUUCUCGAAAAGUAUGUGUACAAUGGAUUUUCGCGCCGCAUGUUUCUCUUUUCUGAUGGCCAAGCCAACGUUGGAUUGAGAACACGAGCCGAAUUGACAAGUCUUGUUGCUAAGUAUAACAACAACGGUAUCAUCACUGAUUCAUUUGGCAUCGGUGCUGAUUUCGAUGCUGAAAUUAUGAAAGGUAUUGCUGAUGCUGGUGGAUCACGAUUCUUUUUUCUUGAAUCAGCUCAAGUUAUCGAACCACUCGUGACAAAAGCUCUCGUCAGUGUAUUUGGCGUUUGUGGUUCACAAACUCGUUUAAUUGUCCGUGGCAAGAAUGGAUCAGUAGUGACAAAGAUCUGGGGUCAUAAUGAUAUUGUCGCCGGUGCAAGUCUUGGUGAUUUGCAUUCGAACAAUCUUCGAUCAGUUCUUUGUGAAUUCACCACUGCUGCUGCUGCUAACACCGGCAAUGGGCAAGAAGUUGAAUCACUUGCUUACGAACUUCGAUAUCUUCGACCAGAUGACCUAAAUGGUGAACCUAUGAGUAUCAAAAAUACUUUAUCAUUGAAGUUCGUGGAAGAUGAAUCACUCGUUGCAAAUGUUGAUCCUCAUGUGCAAACGAUGUAUGCAACCCAGCGGGCUGCUGAUAUGGAUAUUGAGAUCGCUGAAUUAGCGAAGAAUGGUAAACGAAAGGAAGCAGCUGAAAUUGUCAGUGCUCAAUUGCAGAUGCUUCGAGAAGCGGAGAAAUACGAUAACGAACGUGGAAUGAUCGGAUUACAAAUUCGUUUGGCAGAAAAUAUGCAAAACAAACUAAACGAUGAAAACGUCGCCAAUGAUCUUGUUUGGCAAGGAUAUUCUCAUCAAGGCUACUUGAAACGACAAUGUUCAGAAGAAUGUAUGGCCAUGUAUGAUUAA